AUGGCCAUUCAGUCUGCCGAAGGAGCUCCUGUUGGGGGUAUCCGUCGCAUUGUUACGGGACACGAUGCUCAAGGUGUCUCGAUCAUCGACAAGGACGACGAGAUCGAGCGUCUGGACUGCACUCCCGAGCACGCCCACUUUGCAGUCAUGUGGAGUACGAAUUCGUGGCCGAUUGACAACACGCUGCCGGGAGAUGGAGCCAAGAAGCCGAUUUUCUCGGGCAGGUCGCAUAACGACGACGGCUCCGUGGUGAGGUUUGUCGAUAUCCCUCCUGGAUGCUGCAGCCCCAUGCACCGCACCCAGACGCUGGAUUACGGGAUCGUAAUCUUUGGCGAGGUGGAGCUGGAGCUCGAUUCGGGCGAGAAGAGGACGCUUCGACAGAGCGAUACGUGCGUUCAGAGGGGUACCAACCAUCUGUGGAGGAACAACACGAAUCAGUGGACCAGGAUCGCAUUUAUUCUGCUCUCGUCCAAGCAGAUCGUCAUCGAUGGAAAGCAGCUCAGCGAUCACGGCUUCCCCGGUCAGGAGUAA